GCGCCGCGCGUAGAAAUGUCCGCGUCCGCGCCCCACGCCCCCGGGCGCACCCCCGUGAGGCGCAGGGGGCACCAGCACCACCCGCGGCUGCGGGGCGACCGCCAGCCCGCCCCCAGCGCGCCCGCAAACUACGAUCCGUCCAAACAAGUGACCUUAGACAAUCAAACAGACGAUGUUGUGCCUUGUGUCAAUAGUGUUAGUGAAUCUCAAGAAGUGACAAGGACGAAUAGUGACGAUGCACUUUCGAAUCGAAAUAUUAUCGAGGACUAUGCGAUUGUUGACGAUGAAAUCGAGUUUGACAGUAGAAUUACAGGCGUGGAAUCUCGUGAUAGCUCCGAAGACGAUUUCUCGUUUAAAGAUGAGCGGUCGGCGGGAGACGGCGCCGAAGUGACCGCUGUUGCCUGUGAUAAUUCUGAUGACGACCCUGAAACAGCAGAACUUGCGAAACUUAGAUGUACGAGCGAAUGUACAGAAGUUUUAGCUGCAAGGGAAAACAGAAGGAGAAGAAGAUGUGCAGAUUACCCCGGUCUGGCGUUCGGCAGUUCAAUUUUUUCGUCGGAUACGAUGAUGAAAUUUUCCAUCAUCAAAAAUGAGUUGCAGAAUAUCAAGAACACGGCAUUAAAAAGGGCCGAGUCCGAGGUGGCUGCCCUGAACCGACGCAUCCAACUGCUGGAGGAGGACCUCGAGAGGUCCGAGGAGCGUCUCGCCACCGCCACAGCCAAGCUGGCCGAGGCCAGCCAGGCUGCCGAUGAGUCCGAACGUGCCCGCAAGGUCCUCGAGAACAGGUCGUUGGCCGAUGAGGAGCGCAUGGACGCCCUGGAGAACCAGCUGAAGGAGGCCAGGUUCCUCGCUGAGGAAGCCGACAAGAAAUACGAUGAGGUCGCUCGUAAGCUGGCCAUGGUUGAGGCUGACCUGGAGCGCGCGGAGGAGCGUGCCGAAUCCGGUGAAUCCAAAAUCGUCGAGCUUGAGGAGGAGUUACGCGUUGUCGGCAACAACCUGAAGUCCCUGGAAGUCUCCGAGGAGAAGGCCAUGGCGUCGCGCGAGCACGUCGAGGAUAAGAUCCACAGCCUCUCGCAGAAACUGACGCAAGCUGAAGCUCGCGCUGAGUUCGCUGAGCGCUCCGUGCAGAAACUCCAGAAGGAGGUCGACAGGCUUGAAGACGACCUGGUGGCCGAGCGCGAAAAGAGCAAACUUCUGCAGGAGGAGAUGGAGGCCACGCUCCACGACAUCCAGAACAUGUGAACACCUCGCGCCUCGCCCGCCACCCUCACCCGCGCGCCACCCAUAUCGACAUCGACAUCGACAUCGACACUCGCACAUCACUAGCGCUUUGACAGCUGUCACUGUGACACGAGCCGCCAUCUUUAUUUAACCCUCCGGAAAACACUGGCUCUAUUUUAUAGUGAUGAGUUGUUAUUUUUCCAUAGUUUUUUACAAAAUGACGCGGUAGACCGAGUGAGGUGGGCGGGCGACUAGAUGUUUCUAGAGUUAGAGUAAUUGCCAGCCGCUUUUUAAUGUAACGUCGAGAACGAGUGUUCGCUAGACACCACUGCCAUGUGCAAUUUUUGUUUUAAUGAUACACAAAUUAUUCUACUAAUAUUUUCCGUAUAAAUGUUGAGAACUUUAUUUCAUUAUAGUCAUUUAUGUCAAGCGUGCCUGUAAAUGUCGAGCUUUCGACUUUCUUUGAUGAAUGCAGCUAUACAAUCCGCUUUCUUAUGGCACUUCUAGUUAUAGGAUAAAACGUCAACAUUCCAAAAUGGGUCCAAAUGUUUGAAAUGUAUACUCAACAAGUCACUAGGACUGAUAUUGUAAAAGUUGCACAUCACUUGUACAUUCUCUUAUAUCGCAAAGCGUAGAACAAAUUUAUUGUUUUUGUAAUAAUCAGUUCCAAUUCCUAAUUAUGAUUUCACUUGUCGUACGUACGUAGUGCAAAACAUUAAUUAAUGAUAUUGGCAAUAAUAAUUAGUGCACUGUUUGCUAUUAUUUAUAAUGAACUCUUAUUUACUUAAUAUUAGAAAGAGAUUAGAUAUUUUAUUUAAUGAGUGGUAUGGUAACACGUAAAAUAUUGAUAUUUAUAAGAAUAUACUUUGCUACGAAGUAUUCGAUAUUCUAUUUUGUUUCGCGUAUGAUUUUUCUUGUGUCAUAAAAUUGAGUAUUGUUAUUAUUUAUUUAAAUGAUUUGAAGAAUAAAUGAUGACCAUUCCAUACUGUAACGCUGUCGAGGAUCCGUGCGCAGGUUGUUACUUCCUAGAGCUGGCAAUUCCGCGCCGCGGCGCACACUUGUCAAACAAAACGUUCGCUUACGAGAUAACGUUUUACAUGUUAUUGAUUAAUGAAUUGAUAGUAAGUUCGUGAGAAAUAAAUUAAUGAUUUUAAGAGUAUUCUAACACAAGUGUUUAUAAAUAUAUAUUAUUAUUUUUAAAA